AUGCGUUUAGUUAUACCUCGGUCUGAGUGUGAGACAAGAUGUUCAAAUCUGGUGGAAAUAGAAACUAAAGAAGAAUCUGAUUGGCUGGCUCAGACAUUCCUUUUAAAAGAAACGUGUCCAAGUUACAUUUAUGUCUGCGUCGCUUGGACUGGUGGUAACGACAGAAGAAUUGAAGGUAAAUAUCAAUGGAAGGAUGGUAACCUGUCCAUGACCUUCACAAACUGGGCUAAAGGUGAACCAAGCAUUGGAUAUCCUAAUCAGGCAGAGGAAAAAGAUUGUAUUGACCUAUUAACAAAUGGAAAAUGGAAUGAUAGGCCCUGUUCGUACAAAAGUCAAUACAUAUGUGAAAAGUCUUCUGGCUAG